GAGGAUUUUGACAUGUUCCUACUUUGAGUAAAAGCACAGUAAAAGUGACAUCCCUUACUUUGCCUCUUUUUGUUUCUAUUUUGGCAAAAUAUCAUCACAUGAAUUAAAAAAAUAAAUUUAAGCUAUACUAAGAGUUAAAAAUGAUUUAAUUAAAAGUGUUAUUCACAAUGAAGCUAGUAUAUAAAAAUAUCGAGAAGGAUGGUUGCGGGAGUAUUAGUCUGAUUCCUGAGGAGCCUGAAGAUAUGUGGCAUGCAUACAACCUCAUUACCGAGGGCGAUGCAGUAACCGCAUCAACAGUACGUAAAGUUCAGACCGAGUCUUCAACUGGCUCUUCCACCAGCAAUAGAGUGAGAACAACGCUUACUAUAAGCGUAGAAAAUAUUGAUUUUGAUACUCAAGCAUGUGUACUACGACUUAAAGGUCGAAAUAUUGUGGAAAAUCAAUAUGUCAAGAUGGGAGCAUACCAUACUUUAGAUCUUGAACUGAAUAGAAAGUUUGUUUUGCAAAAAUCUUUAUGGGAUUCGGUAGCCUUAGAGCGGGUAGAUACAGCUUGUGAUCCAGCACAGAAUGCAGAUGUCGCCGCUAUUGUUAUGCAAGAAGGUCUCGCUCAUGUCUGUCUUAUUACUCCCUCUAUGACGUUGGUUCGUUCAAAAAUAGAUAUGACUAUUCCGAGAAAAAGAAAAGGUUUUGCUCAGCAACAUGAAAAGGGAUUAAACAAAUUCUAUGAUGCAGUCAUGCAAGGAAUUCUCAGGCAUAUAGAGUUCACAGUUGUGAAAUGUGUAAUUAUAGCUUCACCAGGGUUUGUAAAAGAUCAGUUCUUUGAGUACAUGAUGCAACAAGCGGUCAAAACAGAUAAUAAGCUAUUAAUUGACAAUAAAAGUAAAUUCUUACUGGUAAAAGCUUCCUCUGGUUUCAAGCAUUCAUUGAAAGAGGUGCUUCAAGAGCCAAGUGUUAUUUCAAAAAUAUCUGAUACAAAAGCAGCCAGUGAAGUGAAGCUUUUAGAGAGUUUCUACACUAUGCUGCAACUUGAACCUGCCAAGGCUUUUUAUGGGAAAAAACAUGUGGAAAAGGCAAAUGAAGCUAUGGCUAUAGAAACUCUUAUGAUAUCUGAUAAGUUGUUUAGGUGUCAAGAUAUCCAACAGAGAAAAGAAUAUGUGGCAUUGGUGGAUUCUGUGCGAGAGAAUGGUGGGGAUGUUAGAAUUUUUUCUAGUAUGCAUGUAUCUGGUGAACAGCUUGACCAACUAACGGGGAUUGCAGCCGUUCUCCGUUUUCCAAUGCCAGAACUGGAAGAUAGCGAUGCCGAGAGUGAUAGUGACGCCAAUGCAGAUGACUGAGAUAUAAUUGGGAAUGGAGUUAUUUGUUAUUAAUAUUUUAUACAAUAGACAAAACUAUAGAUCUAUAUAUAUCAAAUUAUCCAUCAGCAUACAUAAUGAUUUACAUAGUUUAAAUUUUAGGCACUACUGCAAAACAAGACAAUUUUUUCAGAUAACAUUUUAUACAUUUUGUAAUUUAUCAUUAGUUAGCUAUAAUUGUAUAUUUUAUUUGUUGUAAAUAGGAUAAUUAUAUUUAUACUAAUAAAACACAAUGU